GUUCUGAAUCCAGAGCCUGUUUAUGAUUUGCUGCUCAUGUCACAAUGUUUAUCCAGUUUGUUUGAAUUAUUACGCUCUUCGUAUCCCAGGUGUGAGGAAUAAACCUGUAGGAAGACCUGAGGCCUGAGUGCGAAUCAGAGAGAAGGCGGUUGUCAUGCAGAAAUUGGAAAAACCAGGCACAGCUAGCUGGAUGCUAGAGGACAGCCCUGCCACUUGUACAGCGAAGAACUGUCACCCAAAUCUAAAGAUGUUCCUUGCAGCCUUGUCCUACGCCUACUUUGCUAAGACCUUAUCCGGCAGCUACAUGAAAAGCACGAUUACACAACUGGAGAGACGAUUUGACAUUCCCAGCUAUCUGAUCGGCGUAAUAGAUGGAAGCUUUGAAAUUGGGAAUUUGUUAGUGAUUGCUUUUGUGAGCUAUUUUGGUGCUAAGCUCCACCGGCCCAAGAUCAUAGCAACUGGAUGCAUUUUGAUGUCUCUGGGAACCUUUCUGAUCGCCAUGCCUCAUUUCAUCAUUGGCCGCUAUAAGAUUGAAACAACCAUCAGAGCUUCAGAGAAUUCAACCAGCCAGCUCUCUCCAUGUCCAGAAAGCCCAUCGGAGUCAUCCAGGGCAGGUGAUAGGCCCUCUUCACUGCCCUCUGAAGGAUGCGAGCAAGAGUCCAGCAUUUCCAUGUGGAUGUAUGUGUUGCUGGGAAAUGUUCUGCGUGGAAUUGGAGAGACUCCUGUGCAGCCUUUAGGAAUAUCCUACAUUGAUGACUAUGCACAGUCGGAAAAUGCUGCGCUAUAUAUAGGUUGCGUCCAAACUAUUGCAAUUAUUGGUCCUGUAUUUGGUUUCUUGCUCGGGUCUCUGUGUGCCAAGAUUUAUGUUGAUGUCGGCUACGUAGACGUGGAAACAAUCACCAUCACCCCAGAAGACGCCCGCUGGGUAGGAGCCUGGUGGCUGGGCUACCUUGUGGCCGGCACUGUCACGCUCCUGUCCGCCGUUCCUUUCUGGUUCCUGCCCAAGUCUUUGCCAAUACCUGUGGAUAAACAUGAUAGUAUCUGUACUCCAGAACAGACCAGGUUUAUCAAAGAUGCAGAUUCGCCAACCCUGGACCACAAGAUCAGACCUGAGGAACCAACCAAUUUACAUGUUAUGGCCAACGAAUUUGUGCCAACAUUGAAGCUACUUCUUGGAAAUCCUGUGUACAUCCUCUACCUGGGUGUAACAAUAAUUCAGUUCAACUCACUUAUUGGCAUGGUGACCUACAAACCAAAGUACAUUGAGCAGCACUAUGGCCAGUCGGCAUCAAAAGCCAAUUUUCUUAUGGGCAUGAUCAACAUCCCAGCUGUGGCCCUUGGGAUGUUUUCUGGCGGCGUCGUCAUGAAGAAGUACAAACUUGGCGUAAUGGGAGCAGCUAAAUUUGCCUUUGGGACUUCCCUGUUGGGGUUCUUUCUGUCAUUCCUAUUCUUAGCCAUGGGCUGUGAGAACGCGAAGGUGGCUGGCAUCACAGUUUCAUACACUGGAGUGGAAGACUUGUCUUAUCAGGAACAGUCUUUGUUUUCUGACUGUAAUUCCGGUUGCUUGUGCUCAACAAAGGAGUGGGACCCAGUGUGUGGAGAGAAUGGGAUCACCUACAUAUCUCCUUGUUUAGCUGGAUGCACGUCGUCCUCAGGCUCUGGAAGAAACAUGGUUUUUGACAACUGCAGGUGUGUGUCAGUGACUAAUGUCCAGCCAGGAAAUACAACGGCUAGUUUAGGCCAGUGUUCACCCGGACGCAGUUGUGACAGAGUGUUUCCGUACUUCCUGGCUCUGUCUGUCCUCAGUUCCUUCAUCAUCUCUCUCGGGGGUACGCCGGGCCUCGUGCUUCUCGUCAGGUGCAUAAAGCCUGAGUUGAAAUCCCUCGCUCUUGGCAUCCACACACUGGCCACACGCACCCUGGCAGGAAUACCCGCUCCCAUCUACUUUGGUGCCAUAAUAGACACAACCUGUCUCAAAUGGGCAUACAGAACCUGUGGAGGAAAAGGUGCUUGUAGAAUAUACAACACUUCAUCUUACAGGAUAGUGUACCUGGGCCUCACACUUGGUCUGAGGGCGGUCUCCUUCUUCCUUUGCAUUUGGGGAUUUGCUCUUCUCAGAAGACAUAUUAAAAGGGAGGAGAAGGAGGCUCUGAGCAACCAAAAUGGUGAACUGGAGUCGCUGAGGAAAGAAGAGAACAGCUCCAUGCACUGUGAGCAAUUUAUACUGAGCCCCGACUGCAAUCCCGACAGAGAGACUCGUUUGUAAUCUUCUACGCAUCAUCCUCCCUUCUGACUCUUGAUGCCCCACACGCGUGUUGAGACGUAUCGCAGACCAGACAGGUAUAUAUAUUUGUACAUGAUUUGUGCAGAAAUGUGUUAUCUGAAACAUUUAGAGAAAAAAACAAAUAAACAAGCGUUUUAAGUUUGGUUUUAGUCCUCAAUACAGUUGUGCUGGAUUUUCUGUAGAAAUCUUUGCUUUUAUUUUCAGCCAGGUUGUGAUGUCAUCUUGUUUACCAGAAUAAGAAACCUGUUGUCACACCCUGCUUUGUCAAUGUUGUGUUCAUGCAUUUGCUCAUCUGUACAUUUGCAUUAUUUCUUCGGUAUUCAUUGGGACAACAUCUUUAAAUCUCUAUAGGCAGAGCUUAAAUGUAAGUUCUCUGCAAAGAAAAAUAAUCGCUGUUUGUCCUGAAUAUGUUGAUUCUAGCAUUGCCUUGCAUACCUUUUACUGUACGUUUACAGUUUAAGCAUUCUAAUUAAUAUGUUACUUUUAAGCAAAUGAUGCAAUGAUAAGGCUCUUUGCCGCAAAAACCUACCUCAUUUUUCUGGUUGUACUGUGUUGUGUGUGGAGUCCAUGUAGCCACCGCUGUGCCUCAUUUUGUUUUAAAUUAGAAUUUCGCUUUACUCAGCU